AUGGACGAAUUUAGAGAAGAACUAUUAAAAAGGAACGAAGGAAGCGUUGUUGAAAUUGACUUUGAAAAAUUUGGUGUAAAGAAACUUUUCAAAAGGAUUUUUAUUUGUUUAGCAGCUUGUUCUAGAGGGUUUGUUGUUGGUUGUCGUUCGUGUAUUGGUCUUGAUGCUUGUCAUUUAAAAGGAAAGUUUAAUGGUGUACUAGCCGCUGCAACUGGUAUUGACGGUAACAAUUCUAUUUUUCCAAUAGCAUAUUAUGUGCUUGAAUCAGAAAACACACAGUCAUGGACAUGGUUUCUUGACUCACUCAAAAAAUCAAUUGGAACGCCAAAUGGUCUUGUUAUCUCAUCGGACAUGCAGAAAGGGUUAGAAGUAGCCAUCAUGAAUGUUUAUCCUAAUGUUGAGCCAGGCACUUAUAUAGCAACUUCAAGAAACACUUUCUUGGUGACUUCUUUAACACCAAACUAUGGGCUACUGCGAAAACCUAUCGUCCAACCAAGCAUGAUAGAAACAUUUAAUUCUUGGAUUGGUAAAUUGUGCUAUAAACCCGUGUUUGAUCUUCUUGACGCAAUUAGGGAAAAGAUUAUGAAACAAUUUGAUAAGAAAAGGAAUUUGGUGAAUACAUGGAAUGGGGUAUUGGUUCUUAUUGCUAAAAAUCAUCUCAACGACAUCGCUAAGAACUUAGGUGAAUAUGAGGUUACUAGAAGUUGUGAGAAUCAAGUUGAAGUGAAGUACAAGGGAACACGUUGGGAGGUCAACCUAGAUGAAAGAAAAUGUAGUUGUCAGGUGUGGCAAGUUCAGGGUCGACCAUGUGUACAUGCAACGGCUUUUAUUUCUUUGAUAAGGGAUGCUAACUGGGACAAAUAUGUUGAUCCCUAUUUCACUAUAGAGAAAUUUAAAUCUGCAUAUGCUUUUCAAAUUGCUCCAAUGCCCGGACAGGAUCUAUGGGCCAAAAAAAAUGGAGGGAAAAUAUAUCCACCUAUUAUCAAACGCCCACCUGGAUGA